CGCAACCGUCGGUUUCGGUUUCAAGAGACGGUUAUUAGAGAUCGAUGCACACCACCUCCGACCACCACCGUCGUUAUGCAUGUCAACGAAAAAUCCCAAUUUUGAACCAGCAGCAGAGGAAGAAGACUAGCUGUACACAGCAAGCUGACUAGCUGUACACAGCAAGCUUGGGGCAUCAACAAUGAAUUUCAACGAUGCAAGUAGAAGCCACCAAUAGAAUUUUGUUGAAUGUUUAAUAUACACAUGGUGAUUAAAAUUAUAAUUCUACUAAUAAUGGGGUUUCCCUUUAGAAGUGAGAAGUUUGUUAGACAAUGUAGACAGAGUGAAAAGUUAGGAAAUGAUCAGAGAGUAAUGAGGUAUGAAUCAAAAUUCAAUAUGAGUGGAGACUUUUUGAGAGUAUGGACUUUGACGAUCCAACUAACUCGAAGGUUGAAGUAUUUGAGGAUAUAUAUAGAUCACCAUAAGGAGAUGUUGUUUGAGAGAUAAUGUUCAUUAUAGUGGGAUUUCAGACAGAAUACUUUCAAAACCAUGAAGACAAAAAACCCAAUAAAGUAUGUAUUGAUAAGAUUUACAUUUUAGACAAACGAAAGAGAUUAAUAACAAAGAGAAAUUAACUUCCAAGUAUGUAAUCUUCCCCUGGGUUUGAUGACCAAAAAAAAAAAAAGGAAAUAACAGAGAGCCAUGACUCAUGUUGGCGUGGGUGUUGGGGACAGGAUACGGGGGAGCGGUUAGCGUGACUACCCUCCUAAGGGGGUCUGAUUUUUGACACCCCUCUUAGAUACCGUCCAUCUAAUCCAAUGGUAAGGAUUAAUCAGGUAUUAAUUACAAAAUCCUCUCACUAGGUAUUAAUUACACAAUUGAAACUGAUUAUUGUGUAUUAGGUAUUAAUUACACAAUAAGUUUCUCUCACUAUAUUGGAAAAUGGAAAGAAUCUAGGAAAAAACAGUUCACACCCCUAAUUCAAAAAUCAAUCCCCUUUUUUUCUCCCUUUCUCCUUCUCUCUCCCUCGAUUUCGCUCUGCCCCUGCUCGCCGCCGUCACCUCUUCCCCGCCACAGUCCAUGGUUUCUGAUCGUCGACGCACCAACAAAAUCCUCUCCCUCCGACUCUCCCCCAUCCUCCGUCGUGGGCUAAGUCUCGGAUGAUGGUUGUCGUUGUUCUCCGAGCAACACCAGGCUUGCCGCCGCGACUCUCCAUCUCCUUCCACAAAGCUCGGCACUGCAAAGGGAUCGACGGAGAAGACGACGACCCUCCUCACCUUCCCUACGAGAUGACUUCACUCAUGUCGUUCCUGCGGUGACCCUCCUCCCCUUCCCUGCGAAGAUGACGACGAAGAAACUGAGGUAGCUCUCUCUCCCCUACUGUCUCUUUCUCCCAAACUCAAAUCUGGGUUUUCAUGUGGAUUUUUUCAUGUGGUAUUAGUACCAGUGUACUGGUAUGUCUAUCACUGGAGUGGUAUUAGUACCAGUGUACUGGUAUUAGUACCACUGUACUGGUAUGUACUACUGAUUUAUAUCACUGCAGUGAUAGUUGCAAAGAUGUAUUGGUAAUUCUACCACUGAAUUCUACCACUAUAGUGAUAGUUGUCUUACUUAUCAAACUCAUAUUUCUAUCACUGAAUUGAUAGUGUUGAUUAUUGUCUGUAGGAAUGGUCAAGACGAAGAGACCGUAACUUGGAGUGCCUAAAGGAAAGAGUCAUGGAAGCUAUUUCCUCGCCAUGUAGAAGUUGGGGUAGGUCAGGAUCAUUCAUCGGGUGCGAGUACCAACAAGAAGCAACGCUGUGAGAGCCACCGUCAGAGGAAACGCACCAAUGGACUGGUACAUGUACCAGUGGAGUGGUACGCGUACCAGUGGAGUGAUACUAGUGGAGUGGUACUAGUAACCAUAUGUCCUGUUUAGGCUUAAAAAAAUUGUGAAGACUUUAUGUUUAUUCACAUUCGAAGGAUAAUUUAUUGCUUUUGGCAUUGUUGUUGGCAUUUCCCUGAUUUUGCAACCCAUUUUGGAACACAACUUUUGGCUACUAAUAUAAAGUUCCUAUUUUGUUGACUGAUUUAAAUGUUUAUUGUGUUGCUUGUGCCAGAAUUAUAUUUCAUGAUCAAGUAAGUAUUGAGUAUUGGUAUAUUGAGGACAGUCUUAAUUAGUAUCAGUUCAGUGGUAUAAGUACCAGUUAAUUGAUAUGUAUACCAGUCUAGUGGUAUAGUACAAGUUCAGUGGUAUAUAUGUACCACUGAAGUAGUAUGAUUACCGCCGAAGUUGUGCGAAGACCAUUUCUAUUCAUUACUCGUCGGCAAAGAUAUUUCAAUGACAUUGAAAGAAGUUGACCAAUAAUUAAGACAAAAGAAAAAUAAUAAAAUCAAUUCCAAACUUCAAAAGUGGUGGAGACCACAAUAUUUUCAUGACGAUGUAUUCCAAACUCCACUGGUACACGUACCACUCCACGGGUACACGUAUCACUCCACUGGUACAUGUACCAGUCCAUUGGUGUGUUUCCUCUGCCGCCUAGUGGUACCACCCUCACCUUCAGAUUCUGUCGCCGCCACUUAGGGUUGAUCGAAUCUCUACCGUGGAAGGACAGUGGUCAACAGGAAAAGAUCAAGCGCAGGCCGUGGAUAAGAGGAAGUUGUUGGAAGGUGAUGUUUGAGAUGGAAGACGGAGGACGGCAGACGGCCGACGACAUGGAUGGUCGGACUUGUUGUAAGGGCGGCGGGGAUAUCCGCCAGCCGUGUAAUGAUGAACCAGAGCUAUGGUUCUCCACAACAAUGGAAAGAAACAAGGGGAAAUAGCAGAGGAGGGAGGGGGGGAAAUAGAAACAAAGGGAAAGGGAGUAGAAACGCCACAGAGGGAAAUGGGAUCCAGCUAAAUUGCCCCCUUCCCGUGCAUAAUUAACAUGACAAUUAAUUCUUUCUCCAUUCAUAUUUAUUUGGGACAACCAUUAAUACUUGUCUAAUAAUUAAAUAUAAAACUGACCAAUCAAUAGGAGGGUGUCGAAAAUCACUACCCCUUUAGGGGUUAGCAUAGUAUCCGACCCCCAGGAUACGAUGACAAUCUUUAAGGGGUUGUAAGAUUCACAAUCAAGGGUAUUUUAGGUAUGAAAAAAGGAAUAUAUUAAUUACCUCUUUUGUAUUAAUUAUAUUGGAAAUUAAAAAUCCAUAUUAAAUACAUUAUCUCUAUCUAUCUCUCUCUCUUCCUUUCUCCAACGGCCACUCCACAUCGACCGACAAACUUUUUCUCCGGCAAAUUCUCUCCGGUAGACUCCCUCCGGCAACCUGAAAAAAUGUACCAAUGCGUUAAAAAGUGUACAAAUCUAUUAGUCUAUUGGUAAUUAAUAUAUCAGUGCUAGUGGUACGCUACCAGUACGUUAAAAAAUGUAACAGUACUAGUGGUACCAGUAAAAAAUGUACCAGUACUAGUGGUACGCUACCAGUACAACGCUACCAGUAGAGAAUAACACAACGCCACUAGCACUGGUAGCGCUACCACUAGCAUUGGUAGCGGUACCAGUAGAGAAUAACACACAAAAAAAGAUGAUAGUGGUACCAGAUGAUAGGGGAGCCACUGGUAUUGGUACCAGUGAGUAGUGGUAGCGUACCAAUAGCGCUACCAGUGGUAUUGGUACCAGUAGAUACUAUCAGAUCUGGAAAAAAAUAGGGAUGAGGAAAGAGGGAGGCAGGGAAUAGUCUUGACCUCGCGGCGGCGGCAUAAAAAUGGUGGCGGGGUCAGCGUGGCACGACGGUAGGCGCGGCAGGGCGGAGAGAGGGGGAGGACAGCGGCGCGACAGGAGCGGCGGGGACAGCGGCGCGGCAGGGCGGUGAGGACAGCCGGCGCGGCGGAGGUCAGGGGUGGCGGUGGGCAUGGGAGAGGAAGAGGGAGCUGCGGUGGUGGGAGGGUUGUGGCGGCUGAGGUGAAUGAUUGGGUGUGGUAAAUUUUUACCCUUCCAAAAAUAUCCUUCUUUUAAUCUUAACCGUUAAUUUAAAAAAAGAAGAAAGAGACAGGAGAGAGAGCGUAUCCAAGGGCUAUGAAGUGGGUUGUGAAUCUCACACCCCCCUUAGGGGUUGUCACCGUAUCUCGUCCCUGGGUGUUGGGUUAUGAUUAAACAAAUGAAACUGGAAAAAGCUUUAGCAUGUGGAGGUUGGAAAAACCAUGGUAGCCUUUUUUUGAGAGAGGAUCCAGUCACUAAGGGGUGCUUAGUCACUUGACUAAGUCCCUCCCAGCCCUUAGAUCUAGAUAUAGCAAUCUGAUGGUUAAAAAGUGGGAAGGGCUAGUUUGGGUAUCAUGGAAAAUUACGAAGUAUACAAACCGGACUUACGAUCAGUACAAACCAUACAAAUAUACGAACAGUACAAACUAGAGCGACAAAACAUACAAACAGAUUUACAAACAUAUGAACUGUACAAAAAAUACAAACUAGACCGACAAACAAUACAAACCAUAUAAAAAGAAAAAACAACCAGGUUGACUUUGGAGGCUCCAUCCCUAUAUAGAGGGGCUCCUUCCCAAAGUCAACCCGGGUGUUUUUUAGCUGAAUGGCUAAACGUCGCCCUAAGUUUAUUAUCGCCCUAACGUAAAAUUACUAAGUUAUCCUUCAUUAAUCAAACAAAUUCGACAAA